AUGAGGGUCAACAUCACCUACUGGCUGGUCCACUUUUCCCACACCGCCUGGAAGUACUUCUACUUCCUCCUCAUGUACCUCCUCACCAUGCUCACCUACACCCUGUGCGGGCAGUUCUUGGUCUUUGCCACCCCCAACCAGCUCAUGGCCCAGCUGCUGACCGCCUCCCUCAACCAGCUGUGGACGAUAGUGAACGGCUUCCUGAUUCCGUACCCGCUGAUCCCCGUGGGGUGGAAGUGGCUCAACCGCAUCUCGCCCACCACUUGGAUUCUGUACGGGCUGGUGCGCCUGCGGCACCGGCAGCAGCGCCAGCCUCUGCUGGUACCGCUGUUGAAGCUGGCGCUGGGGUCCAGCCAGCUGGGCGACAGCGAGAUCCCCAUGCUCAUCUACAGCACCAAGCUGACCACGGUGGGAGCCUUCAUGAACAAGUGA